CCCAGCCCGGCCUCCUGCCCGGACGCCCGGUGCCUCGGAAGCGGCUUUCCAGCCUCGGGGCGCGGGCUGCAGGGCUCCGGGAGGGCCCGGGACCGAGGAGCCCCGCACAUCCCGGAGCCGGCGUCGUCCGCUCCCGCCAUCCUCGUCUCCUUGUCGGUGUCGGAGGGCAGGGUCAGCCUGGCCCGUGUCCACCCGCUUUGCUACCAGCAGGGGUAGUUUUAGUGUGAAGGGUGCUUGAGACGCGCACGUUGUGUCGGCGGCCGGAGAUGCGGCGCCGUGGAGCGUCAGGCGGAGGCGCACAGCCCUUUCUUCACCGGGCCUCGCCGUCUCGGCCCUAGGUGUCUUGUAAAAGUCUGGACAGGCUUCCGUGUGAAGAGGAGCGUGCUUGGAGGCUCUACGGAGUUCACUGACUCUUUUCCCUCACCAGGGAUGGUCUUUUAAAAAUGUCAGAUUUGGUGCUUCGGUUUCCAAAAUAGGAACACACUCUGCAAACAGCCCUCUUUUUGAAGGAGAAGUUAGUUUUAUAGGCAGAUUACUGUUUCUUGGUGUACAUGAAGAUAACGCAAGCAGUUGAGGAAGUUGCUAAGAAGCGUGUACUGGGGAUGCUCUAGGAAAAGACUGAAUGCCGAGGCGAGUUCCAGUCCAAAGGUAUUUGAUUUACCAAGAAGAAAGUGAACAUCAUGGAUCAGAACAACAGCCUGCCGCCUUAUGCUCAGGGCCUGGCCUCCCCUCAGGGUGCCAUGACUCCUGGGAUCCCUAUCUUCAGUCCAAUGAUGCCUUAUGGCACAGGACUGACUCCACAGCCUAUCCAGAACACCAGCAGCCUCUCUCUGUUGGAGGAGCAGCAAAGGCAGCAGCAGGCCCAGCAGCAGGCCCAGCAGCAGGCCCAGCAGCAGGCCCAGCAGCAGGCCGUAGCGGCGGUUCAGCAGUCGACAUCCCAGCAGGCAACACAGGGGGCCUCGGGCCAGACGCCACAGCUCUUCCACUCACAGACUCUCACCACUGCACCCUUGCCGGGCACCACCCCCUUGUAUCCCUCCCCCAUGACCCCCAUGACCCCCAUUACCCCUGCCACACCAGCCUCUGAGAGCUCGGGGAUCGUGCCGCAGCUGCAAAAUAUCGUAUCCACAGUGAAUCUUGGCUGUAAGCUUGACCUGAAGACCAUUGCACUUCGUGCCCGAAAUGCUGAAUAUAAUCCCAAGCGAUUUGCUGCUGUAAUCAUGAGAAUAAGAGAGCCCCGAACCACUGCACUGAUAUUCAGUUCUGGGAAAAUGGUGUGCACAGGAGCCAAGAGUGAAGAACAGUCCAGACUAGCAGCAAGGAAAUAUGCCAGGGUUGUACAGAAGUUAGGUUUUCCAGCAAAGUUCUUGGACUUCAAGAUUCAGAACAUGGUGGGGAGCUGUGAUGUGAAGUUCCCUAUAAGGUUAGAAGGCCUUGUGCUGACCCACCAACAGUUUAGCAGUUACGAGCCAGAGUUAUUUCCUGGUUUAAUCUACAGAAUGAUCAAACCCAGAAUUGUUCUUCUUAUUUUUGUUUCUGGAAAAGUUGUAUUAACAGGUGCUAAAGUCAGAGCAGAAAUUUAUGAAGCAUUCGAAAAUAUCUACCCUAUUCUAAAGGGUUUCAGGAAGACGACAUAAUGGCUGUUACGUACUCCUGCCUCUGCACCCACUUGUUUUUAAAACAAAUCAAUUUUGGUACAUUUAAAUGGUGGUGUUGUGGAUGGCCCCGAUUUGGUGAGAAGAUGGCUGUUCUGUGGGUUGUGGCACCCGGUGAAGCUCUCCAUCCUGCGUUCCCCGCAGUGAUGCCGGGAAGUGGUCUUACUUCUGCACAGAGAACUCUGCGGCGCUGUGUAAGUUGCUCAUACUGUGCUGCUGUUUGUGCAGGGCUGCCCGUUUAUUUAUAUUUAGAUUUUAAACACAUACUGCUGUCAGCAGGUUGGUUUGAAGUACAAAACUUCAAGUGUUAAAGCCACCUCUACAAUUGAUUGGACUUUUUCUUUUGUUUAAUUUCUUCCCCAUAAACCACAGUUUUUAUAUUUCUACCAGAAAAGUAAAAAUCUUUUUUAAAAGUGUUGUUUUUCUAAUUCGUGACUCCUAGGGGUUAUUUUUGUGCCAGACACAUUCCGCCUUUUCAGUAUUGCAGGACAAAGUAGCCGUAUUAAUGAGAACGAAUGGCUGUACAUAUUUUUCUUCCUUCAGAAGUACUCUGUACAAUAAAUGCUGUUUAUAAAAGUGUUAGAUUGAUGUUAUAAAUGAUACCUUGUAAGAUUUGUGUGAUCAUACUGUUAAAGCUGUAUUUUAGAUAUAAUUGCCUGAAACCAUU